AUGUCCCGCCUGCUGCAUGCGGGAGAGUGGGCUGAAGCGAAGGACUUGGGGGACCGCCACCGCCAUGCCCAGCCGCUCCAGCUCCCGCCGCCGCCGCCGCCGCCCGCGAGCCUGCAGGCGCGGGAGCCGCCCGCGUACGCGCCCGAGCUGGCCCUCCUGGACGGCACCGACCCACGCGCCUGGCUGGCGCCCGCUUUGCAGGGCAUGUGCGCGGCACGCGCCGCCGCGCAGUACCUGCUGCAGCCCCCCGAGCUGGGCGCGCCCGACGCCCCCGCGGCCCGGGACGCGGCGGACGGGCGCGCGGAGCUGGCGAGGCGGGGCGGCGGCGGCAAGAGCCCCGGGCCGGCGAAGGUGCGGGAGCAGCUGUGCAAGCUGAAGGGCGCGGUGGCGGUGGACGAGCUGGGCUGCGGUCGCCAGCGGGCCCCGUCCAGCAAGCAGGUGAACGGGGUGCAGAAGCAGAGGCGGCUGGCGGCCAACGCCAGGGAGCGGCGCAGGAUGCACGGGCUGAACCACGCCUUCGACCAGCUGCGCAACGUCAUCCCGUCCUUCAACAACGACAAAAAGCUGUCCAAGUACGAGACCCUGCAGAUGGCCCAGAUCUACAUCAACGCCCUGUCCGAGCUGCUGCAGACGCCCAGCGGCGGGGAGCAGCCGCCGCCGCCGCCGGCCGCCUGCAAAAGUGACCACCACCACGCCCGCGCCGCCGCCGCCCCUGCCGCCACCGCGUACGACGGUGGCGCGGGCGCGGCGACCGCGCCGGGGGCCCCGCCGGCCUCCGCAGGCGCCCCGCGGCCGGCCGCGCCCGGGAGCUGCCGGACUCGCUUCCCCGGCCCGGCCGCGGCGGGCGGGUACUCGGUGCAGCUGGACGCCCUGCACUUCCCGGCUUUCGAGGACAGCGCGCUGACCGCGAUGAUGGCGCAGAAGAGUCUGUCGCCUUCUCUGCCCGGCGGCAUCCUGCAGCCGGCGCAGGAGGAAAGUAGCAAAACUUCUCCCCGGUCCCACAGAAGCGACGGGGAGUUUUCCCCCCACUCCCACUACAGUGACUCGGAUGAGGCGAGUUAGGAAGGUGACA